CUGCGAUUGUGCCGAGACCCCGGCCGUGGAGCAGCCGUCGGGCAAGAUCAACAAAACCGCCUUCAAAUUGUUCAAGAGGAGGAAAUCCGGCGGCACCAUGCCGAGCAUCUUCGGGGUGAAAAACAAAGGUGGGGACGGGAAAGGCGCGAGCAAAACGGGGAUGGUGCGGAGCAAGACUCACGACGGGUUAGCUGAUGCCGUGCUGGAGAGCAGCAAGAAGGAGGAACCGAGCGGCGGUGGCGACGGCAGCAGCGGUGGCGGCGGCGGCGAUCAGCAGAGCAAGGAUGUGAACCCCCCGGCAGCAGCCAGCCUGAGCGUCUCGUCCAACAGCUCCGUGGCUAAGUCACACAGCUUCUUCUCCCUGCUGAAGAAGAAUGGGAAGUCGGAAAACGGCAAGGGGGAGAGUGCAGAUCCGAGGGCUGGCAGCAGACAAAAGAAGGGGCUGAAAGGGAUCUUCAGCAGUAUGCGGUGGCAUAAAAAGGACAAAAAUGGCAAGGAGGAAAGGGGGGAAAGCUCAGAAAUUCAGUCCGAUCUCAUUAUGCCGGGGUCGCUGACUGCCAGCUUGGAAUGCAUCAAAGAGGAGACCCCAAAACCUUUGUCUGAAACUUCGAACGGCGCCGGAGAAAUUAAUGUUGAAUUGUCUUGUGAGAAACCCGGCGGAGACCCGCACGCCUCGGCCAAGGAGGCUGACGUGAGAGGUGGGGAGCCGCAGGACAGCAAAACCCCCGCAGGGGAGGAUCCUACCGCCGCGGGGACCCGACCCGAGGAGCUCUGCCCCGAGCGACCAGACCCGGGCACGGGAGAGGUUGGGACUGCAAAGGAUGCGGCCAUAACAGGCUGCGGAGAUAUUAUUGCGGACCAGGAGGAGGAAGUGGGCAGCGGGAGUGGCGGCUGUGAGAAGAGCACCCCCGGGGCCAGCAAGGUGGGUGCCUCCAAGAAGCACCCCACCAUGGUGGCCUACCAAGGAGGAGGGGAGGAGAUGGCAAGUCCGGACCAGGUGGAUGACACCUACCUUCAGGAGUUUUGGGAUAUGCUGUCACAGACAGAGGAGUGCGGCCCAGACACCCAGACAGGAGGAGGAGGAGGAGGAGGUGGAGGAGGGACAAGGACGCCUGAGGGGUUGAAAGAGAACCGAGGUACCGAGGGGGCCCAGAACAGGGCGGCGGUGAAACGCUGCGGUCUCAACCAGAUCCCCAUUCAUCUCAACCACAAAGAGGAGCAGAAGGGCAGGGAGAAGGAGCAGCAAGAAGGCAUCCCAAACAGCGACGAGGGCUACUGGGAUUCCACCACCCCUGGGCCUGAGGAAGACAGCACCGUGAGCAUCCAGAAGGAGACCAUUCCCAGGGACAGCUACAGCGGGGACGCCCUCUACGACCUCUACGCUGAGCCGGAUGAGAACCCACCAGGGGGGCCUUCUGACGAAGAGGUCACCUGUGUGCCACGCUCCAAGCCUGUGUCUCCAAUAACCACCACAUGCUCACUGAAAACACCUUCAAGCACCGUGAAGGACUCCAAGAUACCCAUCAGCAUCAAACACCUUGCAUCACAUCCUGCCAGCCACACAACAGACUCCAGCAACAGCCAUCAUGUCACACACCAUCACCUGGCCAAAAGCGAGAUACACAGAACAAAAAUCCCUGUCUCUAAAGUACUGGUACGCCGGGUCAGUAACAGAGGCUUAGCAGGGACAGCAGUUAAAGCUGCCACAUACCAGGACAGUGCCAAAAAGUAGUUGAAUACAAGGUGGAGACAAAGAUGGACGGCAAACUUGAUGUGUGAAAGUCUGUGUAGGAGACCAUUAAUAAUGAAUUAGUUUUGCAUCGCCUGAAGAAAGGCACCUAAAAGGCUUCCUUUCGUGUACUCCAGGGGUCUGCACUUCUGAAUCCCUUCUUACUAUACUGUACAGCUGAAUAUGAAAAGUCAACUUCUGUUUGAGCACUUUUUUUUUACAUUUGUAUCUUUUUUCUGCAGCACUAAACACUGGGGAGAUUCAUUUUUACAUGCCUUUGUGGAAGCAGGACUUGGAUUACGAACCGAAAUGAGUAAUCUUUCCUCAUGCAAAGCAGUGCCAUGAGUUCUCCAGGGGAGCAGAGUUACACAUGGAGGAACACCAGAGGUUCUGCAAUACACUUCUCUUUUAAUCAUUUCCAGAAGAGGCAUGGAGGGAGGGUGCCCGACUCCAAAAACAGUGUUUGCUCUGCAAGAUGCUGGAAAAAUGCCAAGCAAAAAAAUAAACAACCUAACAGGUAUUUUACCUGAUGUAGGAAUAUGAGCACUGCUCAGCAGCAGACUUGAUUGACUUGUGUGCAGUAGCUAACCAAGGAGUUAGGUGGAUUUGUCUAAUGGGAAAAAUAUAUUUGUUUAUCUGUUUGUUUGGUUGCAGUCUGCUCUAAUGUAAAUGGGUAACAGAGACACCUGACGUAGGUUCAGAUGUUUACAUCAAUACUUGUCCGAUGAUGCUUACAAUCAGGUUCAGGGAAACAUUUUACUAAAUGCCAAUAUAUACACACUAUUCACAUUUAUACAAUAACUUGCUCUCCAUGUGUAGAUAUAUACAUAUUUUAGCAGAUUUACUCAAUGCUACAGAUUUUUUAUAAAAAAAAAAAAAAAUCACCUGUCUGUAUUAUCUAGAGUUUAAGCAAAAGUUAGUUUUUAUAGGUAGAUAAUUUUACAGGUCUAAAACUGUGGAACUUUCUGUAAGUACCUUAAACUAGAGCAAAACUCUGUUUUGUAUGGGCUCAUGCAUGCCCAGAUAAGUAAGUCUGAAGUGCUGAUUUUGUUGAAGUGGCACAUUCUGUGUGUCGGAGCUGAGGGUCUGACAGCACUGCCAUUGCAAACCUCUAUUUUCAGGGGUUUGUACAAAGUUGCUCUGGGCUUAAACCUUACAGAAAAGGAACCUAGGAAAGAAACAUGUUUUUUAAUUAUUAU